CUUAUGCCAAGCGUCGAUCCAGAUUCUCUGCUCCUCAUUUCCACAGCUCUUUACUGUUACUAAGGAUGUCUGUCUGCGUUGUGUCUGGUGAAGCUCACUAUUUUUAAAUUCUAGCCUUGGAUUUUGAUCCGAUGGCGGAAAAAUGUAUCUUUGAUGGCAAAUUUGCAAAUGACGCGAUUAAUUUUUAUGAACGUUCCGGACCCGCUAGCAUUUGAACAACUGAAACCAAGUAUUCCACUUUGUUCGAUACAUCGAUACUUAUCGCGAAGCGUUUUUUUUUUGUUUUAUACAAGAUAUAGCGCCUUAAAAAAUAAUUCGCUAAAUUUUCUUGCGGUUUUUUUUAUCAUCGCCAAACAAUUAUCGCGGCGCUUAUUUUUUUCUAAUAAACUGACGUCAGCUUUGAAAAAUAAAUCGAACCACUUCUUCGCGGUUUCUAUUUUGUUCAUCGCCAACUAAUUCUCGCAGUGCGUAUUUUUGUAAAAUUGUAAAAAGCUAAUAACUGUUCGUCAUAAAUAAUCGCGUCGAAUAACAUAUUUGACAGGGAAACAUCCGAGUAAUGAGAUUAAAAAACCGCAGAUACGAAUGUUUGUUCGGUGAACGCGUUGCCGAGUUGAAUGAGUCUUGAGUUUACUGUGAAAACAGUCUUCACGACUCGCCGCCGCGUCUAGUCAGAUGGCGCGAGCGCUCGAGACUCUGUAUCGACAUUGCAACGGGGUCAAGAGUCCCACAAGGGUUGACCGUCUCUACAGAGGGCGCGAGCUCGCCAGACUUUGUAUCGACAUUGGAACGGGGUCAAGAGUCCCAUAAGGGUUGACUGUCUUUACAAUCUUCAGUCAACGGUCAACGAUAACAACUUGCUUGCUGCGCUUGGCGCGAAAGCGUUUGUCUUGAUGCCGCAAUUGUUAGCAACUGACGACAUUGAACAUUGACUAUAAGAUUCUUCACUGAGGAACAUCGAUUCCGUACGAUUCAAACGCAUAAUUAAGACAUUAAUUUGUGGAAGAAUCAUGGCAGAGUCGAAUAAAAAUGAUAAUCUUCAAUCGGAUGUAAAGACUCGAAUCAAUGUUAAAAUUGAGAAGAUGAAAAGGCUCGAAGAACGCCUUCGCGAAGUGGAGCAUGAUUCGAGACUGAAGAAGAAUUUGUCGGUGAUCGAUGGGCUGCAAAUCAAGUAUUCGCAAAAAUUGGAAUCCUUAGAUAACGCGGAAAAGAACCACGCCACCGAAGCUCUGAACGAGAGAAUUCGCGGCGAAAAUGAAAGGGAAACGAGGAAAAAAAUAAUAUCCCGCAAGGAAAAAAGUCAGGAACUCCGCAGAAAAAAUUUAGAAGCGUUUGAAAAUCAACUGGCCGAGAUAACACCGAUGUUCUGGAGAGCUUUGACCGAUUAUAGCAAGGAAAACCAGCAAAAACUAAUCGAAGAGAGAAAAUUGGAACAGCAGAAAAACUUGAAUGAAGUUGAAAAUGUCGACCGAGAAAUGGCGGCUCUCUUGUCCACGUUUAAUCAGAUCACCCGAUACGGGCUGUCAGAGGCUAAGGAUCUAAAGCAGUUCACCGCUAUCUGGACGAAAUCAAACGAUGCCAGAAAUCUGGCUAUUGCCGAAGUCGAACAUUCGAACGAAGAGUUGCAGCAAAAAGUCAAGCAAGCUGAAAGAAAAGUGGCAAACCUUCAAAAAUCGAUACAAUAAUCCUCAAUAUAUAAAUUAAAUAUUUAAUAACUUGUAUUGAAUAAUUUUCGCGCUGGCUAUAUGGUAUACAGUAAAUGUAAUAAAUAUGAUUUGUAAGAAAAACUAUAUAUGUAAUAUGAUUAAUUGAUAUCUGAUAACAAUUGGGUGAUUCAUAUUUUUUCAAUUGUAUAUAACAAUUUAACGCGUUACAUCAGUGAAAGAAAAAAAAAGACUCGAAAUAAAUAAUACAUCGUAAUAAUUCAUACCUGUUUUCCGCGUGCCGGUUGCAGCCGUCUCUAUAUAAGUAUACAUUCAAGACUCGGAAUACCAGACGAUGAUGCGACCGCGACGUCCUUAUCGCUGCAUCAUACAUCCUGGGGGAUACCGCAGCUUCCGUCGGUAGCCUCUCCCAUUUCGAAUAUAUUCACAGUUG